CCGCGCCAGGCCGCGCAUCGUGCGAGCCUCCGUUCCGGACCGAGUGCGCGGCUGGGAAAACCGAGCGCCCGAGAGCUUUCCCGGAUGCCGCUCCGACUCGCCUGGCCAUGCUAGAGAGCCGAUCCGCAGUCUACAAGAUGAUCAACAGCGACGUCGACGGCGAUCGCACGAUUCGCAAGUGGCCAGCGCCCUACGCGUCUGACAAGACGCCCUAUCACGAGCGGGACUUCAGCGGGGUUGUGCGUCGAGUCUGCGCGGCGCAGCCGCUGCUCCCGCGCAUCUCUAAAGUCAUCGUGCUAGGCGACGUCGCGGUCGGCAAAACCUCUCUGGUGAAUCGGUUCUGCCACAAGUCGUUCGACAGCAACUACAAGGCGACGAUCGGCGUGGAUUUCGAGGUCGAGAGAUUCGACGUGCUCGGCGUGCCUUUCAACCUGCAAAUCUGGGACACCGCGGGACAGGAAAGGUUUAAAUGCAUCGCUGCCUCCUACUACAGGGGAGCGAACGUGAUAAUGAUAGUAUUCGACCUGGGUAGUCUGAUGUCGUUGCAUCACUGCCAGCAAUGGUUGGCCGAGGCUAAUCGCAGCAACAACGGCCCCCAUCACAUCUUUCUCGUCGGUACCAAGCGAGACUUACUGCGAGUGUCUUUUGCAGUCGAACCAGGUGUACGAGAUCGUGGAGAAGAAGGCGCUGGAGAUAUCCCGGCGCAUGAAGGCCGAGUUGUGGGCGGUGUCGGCGAGAACCGGCGACGGCGUGGCGGAACUGUUCGCGAGGAUCACAGCUCUGGCCUUCAACGCGAGCGUCCUGCGCGAGGUCACCAGCCUCAGACUCGAACCCAUUACCCUCGGCACCGACUUAAUCAGACUAAAUCGGGAAACGAAAAAGACAAGGACGAAGAAUCGGGGAUUACCGAAAUGCGCUAAUUGUCAAAAUCAAGUCUGACAAAAUCGUGAUGUGUUUUUUUUAAUUUAUUUCACAUCACUUACUGUUGAAAGGUAUAUCAACCAUCGCAGUUUAAACAUUUUAUUAUAUGAAAACUACUGUAAUUUUGUUAGGAUAAGUUGAUCAUUGAUCUUGAAUGAAUAUAGUCUUGUGCAAAAUAUUUUUCUAUGGACAAUUAUCAAAUGAAUUAUCAACAAUAUCGUUUUAGUCGAGGUCUUCGUGUACCCGAAAACUUGUAUUUGUAUUUUUAAAUAUAUUUCAUAAUUUUAUAUUCAUGUAAAUAAUAUAAAUCUCAAAAAAGAACGUGUAAUUCAAAAUUUUUUUAUACGAUUUAAAUGUAUUUUUGUACAAGUAUAAAAUAUAAAUUUGUACGAUUUUCUUAGUGUA